GAGGUGCUGCUCAAAGCAAUGUCCAGCAUCAAUAUGGAUACUCAACGAAAAAUGACAAAUGUUAUGCUGCUWAUUUUCGAGAAGACCAUCAGUGAGCCCAAUUUCGCACCUACAUAUGCACGCUUUUGCAAGGUGCUGUUCCAUGAGAUUAAGGCAGAGAACAAAUCUCUGUUCACCAGCUCGUUAAUAACGCGUAUUCAACACGAGUUCGAAUCGAACGUAAAUGAUGCCAAUGCCAAGGCCAAAAAGCUGCAGCCCACUCAGGAGCGCAUCAAUGCGUGCCAAGAUACGGCCAAGAAGAUUGAACUGCGGGCUGAAAUGGAGGACCUUGAAUAUCAGUUCAGGCGUCGAGCCUGGGGCACUGUGCGCUUCAUAGGUGAACUUUUCAAGCUGCAAUCACUUACCAGCGAUCGUGUGCUGCACUGCGUCGAAUCGCUGCUUGAACAUGGCUGUGAGGAGAAGCUGGAGUAUAUGUGUAAGUUACUGACCACUGUUGGCCAUCUGCUCGAAGCCGGCCCGUCCGAGCAAUACCAGAGCGGUGCUCGCAUCGAGAAGAUCUUUCGCCGAAUACAGGACAUAGUUCAGCGYUCACGUGGCGGCAGCACCGGCAGUCGACAGCAUCAGUUUAAUAUUAAAAUAAGCAGCCGUGUGCGAUUCAUGAUGCAGGACGUGCUGGACUUGCGCUCACGCAACUGGGAUCAGCCAGUGACCGCUCACUCGACCUCUGGCAGUCGACAGCGUCACAAGCAGCACGAAGAACCCAAAACACAGCAGCAGCAGCAACACAGCACGCGCGGCAGUCAUUUGCCCCAACAGCAGCAGCAACAGUCCAACUACCAGUAUCAACAGCAGAAGCAACACCACCAUCAUCAUGGCUACAAUGACGGCGGCAAUUACUUUAUGCAAAAGCUGCCCAAGACUCAACAGCAUGAAAACCAAUCUUGGACCUAUGUGUUUGAGUUUCUCGGACCCAUUAUGCAUGAAGGUGGACUCGAGUUGAAGGACAUUUGGCAGCCGCGCUGGCUGGAGGAUCCGCAGUUCACUGAACGUUUUGUACGCGCUUUUGUCAGCUACUUUGUGCAAGAAUUUGGCGCCGUAUACACACACAAGCUAUGGCAUAUAGAGAACAAGCUGGAUCGAGGCCAGCUGUUUUGGAGCGAUGCUCGCAAGUAUCGUGACUUUUUGCAAUCGAAUAGCUUUCAAUUUCUGGAGCCCAACAGCACAGCGACAGUUGGCAUGCAGCGGCAAAAGGUUACACGCACCCAGGCGGAGCAUGUGGAGCGGAUAAGCUACCUGCUGCGGCUGUCUAGCGACACCGCCAUUGACUAUAUCAAUACCAAUGUGCAUAUAAAUGCGAGUUUUGUGCGCCACCUGACCAAAUUCCUCUGCUGYGACUUCGCUUUAAUCAAUGAAUCAACCAAAAAGAACAACAACAACAACAAYCAUAACACAAACAAGAAUAAACUGCAAUUGCAGCUGAAUGUGGACAGUUUCAGGCGGGAUUGCACUCCACUAUUGCGCCUCUGCAUUGAUGCCCAAGAGACGCACGAGAUGGCAUGCAUUGAGGAGACAGUCGACGCACUGCAGGAGCACUUUAGCCUCGAGCUGGACGAUGARAUGGCUGCGGGUGAGGCAAUCUGUAGCGCUUGGAGUGUGCUCUACGAUUGCGAGGUAAUAUCCCGAGACACUUUUGAGAAGUGGUUCAAGCAGGAAUUUGAGCAUUAUCCGCGAGCACUAAUGGACAAAUUGCGUGCUUUCAUUGAGGAAAUGUAACAGWCCCACAAUCAAUGCAGGAACAAUAACAACAACAACAUCAACAUCGAAGCAAAUCGCAGGCAAAAUGAAUAAACAAUAACCAUAUUUAUAUAUGUAUAUGACAAUUGAAACAGCGCCUUUGGGCCCUUCAAUCAUACACCAUGCGCGGUCGUAUAUACAUACACAUCUAUAAUCCAUAACACAUACAAACAGAAACAGAAAACACUGAAAAUUGCAAAGAAAACAA